CACCUCUUUCGGCGCAUAUGUCAGGAUCUAACAAGUUACCCUCUAUCCCCCUUGUAAUCUCAGUCCUCUUAAAUUCUGGAAGGACAUUUUCUGAGACUCUAAAGUACCUUGUCAAGCAUCUUGAUGACGCCGGUUCAUCGACAGCCCUCUCUAUAAUCACCCCUAUAUGCCUCCUCGCUGCCAAGUUUGACAAUACUGCGUAUCUCAUCAUAGACAAGUUCGAUUUCGUGCUGUUCUAUGCAGACUGGAUUAUACGGUAUGGAAUGGGCGCGCGCGAAUAUAAAAUGUUCGAAGACGACCUCCUGCAAAUUGGGAAUACCUGCAGGCUCGCGAGGGAAGAGCUCGUCCCUGCGAUCAAAGGAAACUUGGAUAGGAUCGAACUGCCCCUCGUGUCCACACUCCGUGGGCCAUGCGGAUUGGAGACCUUCCUUCGCUUCAUCAAGCAUAUCCCGGGGUUUUGGUCCGUGCGGAUCGACCUUGUCGAUGACAUUCCAGAUAUCAUUUCCUCGCUCUAUAAUUCAUGUAGGGCAAUGAUGACCUGCCUCGAUUGUGUCGAGCAGUAUUCGCGCCUCGUUCAAAUGCGCUUCCAAGACAAGGAAUGGGUUUCUCAGCAUCAAGGUCGCCCAGACUUGAUUUGGUGCUUGUCAGCCACUUUGUCUUCUGUGACGGAUUCGCUGUCUGCAGAGAGAGGCCAACGACCAUCCCAGGAGCAAACGAAGUAUGAUUACGGUCAGUAUCCCAGUUCCGCUGACGGCAUCACCCCCCGACUCUCAGCGUUGGACGAGAAGUUUGUGCACACCCUUCUGCACACAGAUAUACCCCUGGAUUAUGUUCCAAGUAUCGCCCUCAUCCAAAAAAUAGAAGCAAUAGAAGUAUAUCUAAACAAAACCGCGGACAACUAUUUAUUUAUUGGUGUUCAAAAGGAUCUCGAACAGAUACUCCACCUUGUCGAGCCUAUUAUGACCGCUGUCAGAGAGCUAAGACCGGUUUGUCAAGAGGUCUUGGAUUAUGAUAAAGAUGAUCUUCUUGCCCUACACCAGAAGCACAUAUCAUUUGGCCGUAUGAUUUAUCAUCACACUAAAGCUAUUUCAGUCCAGCUUCAAAACUCGCCCUGUGGAGUAUCCAAUCUUUUUGCCCGGCUUGGAAAACCGUUCUGUGGAAUCGUGGCCAGUAUGGUGGCGGUCGGAACAAUCGCCAUUUCCCUUAUGAGUGCGAUAAUACCCGAACUCUCCGACCUUUUCAAGGUAGCAGUCGUUAGUGCUACGGUUAUUUCUGCCCUAUCGUAUCUUGGCAAUGCUGCUUUGUUAUUGAACAAAGUUAUCCCUGUUCGAAACUCACUUUACCAAGAAGUUAUCACGCACAUCGGGCUAUGGCUGGAGCUUCGGAGAGUCAUCAUCAAGGAUUGUCCGGCUAACAAAAACCACACUUUGGACGCUGCGGAGAAACAUUAUUUUCUCCGGUCGUUCCAGCGCGCUGUCAUACCUCCCAAUUCUGUCGGUAAUCUUAUUAUGAAGGAACGCAACUUGGCUGCUCGCCCACGAUGGGGUCUCAAAGCUGCCGAAGACGAGCCAUUGGAGUCAGGUGUCCUUAUAGUGGACAGAGUUAGUGCGGCAGACCCAGUCCACUCCUCGUCCAAUAACGUAGGUCACCAGGAUAGCAUGCCAGGUGCUCACACUGCUCGGAGUCGAAACACUGAGGCCGCUGGACCAUCGAGUUGUUUGAUUGACUAGCAGGGCUGAAUUCCACUGGUCGCGUAUGAUCUCUUCCGUAGUAUCAACCGAGAUAUUUUGGGGUUUACCGGCGGCA